AUGUCUAAUAAAACUUACAACGACCUACUCUGUGAUACAUCUGAGUUAAUAGUCGAAGCGACGCAAGCAGAUGAAGCUGUUUUUGAAGCGGGAAGCGCUGAAAGAUCAACGCUUCAACCACUAUUAUCAGAAUUGCGUAUAAGAUACACAGUAUUGUUAUCAAGACUUGAUGCUGUGUACGAUCAACUGUUGCAGCCACAAAAGCGCUUGAUUGUAAAGAGGUUGCUUGAAGCUUGCUUGGGAAGACUUUUGGAAAUAAAACACGAUUUGGUAGAGCUUCAUCUUUCUGAUUUUACAUAUGACGAUGACGAGAGUCUAAAAAAAUUAGCAGUAACUCCACAAGAAGCAGAACCUUGCAUCCCACAAUAUUUUGUAAGAGAAAGAGAAGAGGAAAUAGAGAAAAGGAAAAUUUUUAUAACUGAUACAUUGAGGAAACUUGGUUAUGAGACUCCAAAACCAAAGCCCUUAGUGCUCACUGAGCAGCAAGCUGUCACUAUCAUACAAAGUCACGAAAGGGCAAGACAAGGAAGACUAAGAGGACAGUUUAUGAAAGAAAUACGUCUUUUGAAAGAGAAAGGUCGUGAUCAAAAAGGUGAGAUGUCAGCAUCAGCGGCUACUGCUAUUCAAAGGGUUUGGAGAGGCUUUGUCGCAAGACGCGACACUCGGAAAAGAAAAAAACAGGAACAGCUUUUGAUUGGAAUGGUGUUACCGCCAUACUCCGAGUCAAAAGCGAUAGCAAGAUCUGAAGAGAUAAAAGAUAUUCGACGCAAUCUUCAAAAAGAACGAGAUAGUGAAUUUCAAGAGGCUUUAGUCAAAAUUGAAGAACAACUGAGGGCCCAAAAUGAAACCAAGAUAAAUGAGCGAAUUGGCGAUGAAUUGAGAAGAUGGAUAUCAGAAUACUAUGAAAGAACAGGGAAGUUGCCAGAGUUUCCUACAGAGGAAGCUGGUGGCAGUAGAGCAAUGUAUAGUCGACAAGGAACUGGCGUCGACAGUAAUCUUAGCAAAUCGUCACCAGUAUCUUCGAAAGAUUCUAAAAAAAGCAAAGAAAGUAAAGAUAAAAAGAAUAAUAAGUUCGAGGAAAACAAGAAUAAGUAUGAAAUAGACGACUUGAAGAAUUUCAACUGCAGAUCGUCUUCUUUUCUUCAAGAUAUGGUUAAUGCCAAUGAAGAAUAUGAAGAUAUUUGGAAAUUUAAAGAUGAUGAGGCAAAACAUGAGAAAUAUGAUAAAGAUAUGAUAGAAAGAGAAAAAAUUGUAAAAAUCGAGCAAGAAAUACGAAAUAUUGUGGAUGAAUUGAUGAGAAGUGAGUUGGAACUCUUGCAAGCAGCGUUCGACAGAGACAGAGCUCAUAAGGGCAAAAAGUCUAAAAAACCACAAAAAAAAGUACGAAGAGGCGGCAAAAAAAGUAAAAAGAAAAAGGAAAAAGAUUUAACACCCGAUAGAACAACUGAAUCUUUAUUUGAGGAAUUAGUGACGAACGGCAUCAUACGUCCUUAUCCUUUUGUCAAAAUAGACGAUUUUAUAGGAGAAAAAAGCUAUGUAGGGUCUGAAAUGCGAAACCAAGGUCAGGAACCAUUGCCGUGUCUCGGUGAUAUCCGGCAAUUGGUUAAAGAAUAUUGCAUACUUCCAUUAGGAUCUGAAACUGUGAGAGCGAAUUCUCCCCUUGUUCGUUCUGUACUUCUCUCAGGUCCUUCUGGAAGUGGCAAAAAAAUGUUAGUUCACGCGAUUUGCAGUGAAACAGGCGCCAUGCUUUUUGAUCUAACUCCUGCAAAUAUAGUAGGAAAAUAUCCUGGAAAGUCGGGACUCAUCAUGUUAAUACAUCUCGUUAUGAAAGUAUCGAGACUUCUUCAACCAUCGGUGAUUUGGAUGGAUGAAGCUGAGAAACCAUUUGUUAAGAAAGUUCCAAAGACUGAUAAGACUGAUCCUAAAAGACUUAAGAAGGAUUUAGUUAAAAUUAUAAAAGGAAUUUUCCCAGAAGAUCGAGUCCUAUUUGUAGGUACCAGCAGAACUCCUUGGGAUGCCGAACAAAAACUUCUGUUCCAAUGUUAUUCAAAAGUAAUACAAAUACCAAGAGCAGACUAUGGAAGCAUAUCGCUUAUGUGGCGUACAAAACUCCAUAAGGCUGGUGCUCUAUCACCGAGAUUAGAAGUUUCAUGUUUAUCAAGAGUUUGCGACUCUUAUACUAUAGGGACCUUACAUUUAGCAUUGCAUUCAGUACUAACAACCAAGAGAAGGCUCCAGUUACGCGUACGAGCUUUGACUGCUCAAGAAAUUGCUGUACAACUCAGUUCACUCGAACCUGUAUAUGCUGAGCAGGAUGCAGCAGCUGAAUCGUGGUGGCUAAAGACUCCGAUGGAAAGGAAGCGCCAAAGACAUUUGCAAAGAGUUUUAGAAUUAGAGCAAGAAAAUGAAGAAAGAGCUGCAGCUGGAAAAUAA